AUGUCUCCUAAAUACCCAUAUCCAUAUAAAUUAAAAACCUCAGAACCUCAGUUACAAUAUGAAAAGUUUAAUGGUGCAAAUUUUGGAUACAUGCUUUGGAAUGUACCAGAUGGUGUUGAAAGACUUGGAAGAGUGUUAUUGGUUCACGGUUUCGGCGAAUAUACAAAGAUUCAAUAUAGAUUAAUGGACAACUUGGCUCUUCACGGUUUCGAAUCAUUUAUCUUCGAUCAACGUGGUGCCGGUGUAACCACAAUUGAUGGUGUUAAAAAUUCAAAGGGUGUAACCAAUGAAUACCAUACUUUUAAUGAUUUAAACCAUUUUAUUGAAUUAAACUUGAAGCAGUGUAAAGACUUAAACAUACCUUUGUUUAUGUGGGGUCAUUCAAUGGGUGGUGGAAUUAUUUUAAAUUAUUCAUGUCACGGUAAAUUUAAAUCUGAUAUCUCAGGUUAUAUUGCAUCAGCCCCAUUAAUUAUAUUGCAUCCACAUACAAGACCAAAUAAGAUUACCCUUUUACUAUCACCAAUGUUAGCGAAGUGGUUCUCAAACACUGUGAUCGAUACAGGGUUGGAUUUAGAUGGUAUAACAUCAGACCCAGAGUAUAGAAAAUUUUUGGCUAAUGACAAGCCGAUGAGUGUGCCAUUAUACGGAUCAUUUAGACAAAUUUAUGAUUUUAUGCAAAGAGGGAAAUUCUUAUAUCAGAAUAAAGAUAAUUAUAUACAAAAAAAUUGUCCUAAGGAUGUCCCAGUGGUAAUUUUUCAUGGGAAAGAUGAUAUUAUUAAUGAUCCAAAGGGUUCAAAACAUUUUAUAGAUAAUUGCCCGGCAGAAGACAAACUAUUGAAACUUUAUCCAAAAAUGAGACAUUCGAUCUUUUCACUGGAAACUGAUGAAAAUUUUGAUGUUGUUUUUACUGAUUUAUUGCAUUGGUUAAAGGAACAUAUUUAG